AUGUCGACCAACUCCAUUUCCCAGGAGGAUCACAGAGCAAACGCUGAUGGCCACCCCGACCCCACAUGUGUCGACGAGAACACUCUCAUGUGCUAUAUCGAGCCAAAAGAGGGACACGAGAGCAGUGAAGUCAUCGGAAUCAAGAAUGGCCGUCGCACCAUAAUGUGUACGUUCAAAAAUCCCAGAGACGGUGGUCACCUGUGCUCCUACGGCAUAGUCGAAACCGAACCGACUUCCACCCCUGAGGAAGUCAAGAACGACUAUACCAAGAAGUGCGACGAAUGGAAGAACUCCGAAUGUUGGAAAGAUCUUGAGAUCAUGUUGCGUUGUCUCGUUUCUGAGGGACAAAUCUGUGUCGACCACUGUGUUCUGCUCGGGCCCGGAAGCCCUAGCUCGGCCAAACAUGGCAGCAUAUCCACAGAAGAGUGCAGACAGCGCUCUUUGCUGCAGUUUGCCGUGUUCUGCUCUGUUGCGAGCUUGAUUGCGUCCUGCCAGGGUGACAAGCCUCCGAAACUAUUCGCACAAGAACCUAGGUUCAAUGAUGUUGACCGCGAACUCUGCCAUUACCUUGGAAUCCAGAUUGUGGACCACCCGGAGGGUUUCCAAAAGAUCACCAGCAACUCCUUCGCCUAUUGCCCAGGCGCAGAACAGAUUGUCGAUCUGCGCUGUUUCGAGCAUGAUCCCGCUCUUUACCUGGGCGGGGAAGCUGAGACUUGGCUUGACGCCCGUGGACGCCUCAGAUCGAGGUUUGAGGGAAUCGAAUAUGACGAAAAUCAGAGAAUGGUUCCGUCGGAUGAAUCGUAUGGCGCUGAGGAGGCAUUGUGUGCGCAGAUUGUGAAGACGUUCAUGAGCACGCGGGAGGAGCAUGUUCUCGAUGAUUACGAAGACGGGGCUAUUAGCUUCAGCACCGUUAUUGCUGCCCUUCGCAUUGGUCAUUCCAUUGGCGCGGUUGUAGACGUUCAUCAGGCCCAUGUUAUGCUGCACUACAACCCACGUCUUGUCCACGAGUCGAUUGUUGGCCCAUCCACGCAGCUGUCAACUCAGCACAUUGAGCAAGUCCAGUUGCACCAAGGGGCAAGCUUCCAGAUAGAUUCACGACCAUCUUUCCACCUCAGCAGCCCUACAACAAUCAACAACGCAAUAUCUGCAGCUGAACUGAGAGAAGGCGACUCCAACGCUGCAAACCCCAGAGGUAGCCGCCCAUUACCUUUUUUGGUUGAUCCAAUAACUGGAAAGAUCCUGCGAGGUUUGGCCGCUGGCAUCGGGCUCGCAGCAGAAGCCUACCAUCAUCACAAGGAGAAGAAGAAAACUACAACGGCAAAUGAGGGAGAAGACAAUCCACCACCUACUAUCCAUGAAGGGAAUAGUCAGCAUCACCCACACGAUGAGGAUAAUUACUCCGCUACACAUGACGAGCAGGACACGCUCAACGAGUAUUAUUCAUCCAGCAUCCCGCAGCAAAUGUACGAAGCGACCUGGCAGCUGGACGAAGCACAAGAUCGUCUCAGCAGCCAGGAACCUCCACCGUACUCCGUGAGCGAAGAACAGCUUCCUCAACUUGCAGAGUCGUUCUUACAGAAUCACUCUUCACCACCCCUUCAAAGAACACAACCCCCAAACCUCCCUUUACCUGUCCUCAUCACCCAACGCCGCCCUGGCAAGCGAUCAAGAGGUUUCAUCCGCGCAUACGCGCCGCCCCUUCUCAACGAUGUCGGAAUCGACCAAGUGACUUUCCUCGAUUUCAUCGACAAUCUGAACAAGGCCGUCCAGCCAAGCGGCUUGAUCCAAGCCCUCAACCUGGCGUCUAUCGCUGGGCUAUUCGCUCCGGAUCACUUCGCUUUACUUAUCUCCAUUGCGAUCCAGGUGGCUACGAAUAUAGGCGAUGAGAUCCAUAGUCGGGUGAAAACGAAUAGUUUCCUUGAUAGGAUCAACGAUUCAUUCUUCGCGCCCAGAGGACUUGUCGCUAUUAUCAUGACUUGGAAGCCCAGCCAGCUACAGGAAAUGAUCACGACAGCUACUUUCGAUGUGGACUCGUCGCUCGCGCCGGUAGUAUCGAACGGCGAGAGCAGUGGAUACGAGAAGUUCAAGCGAAAGUUCGCUCCGUCGGGAGGAGUGCCGACUUUCGAGUGGCCUGAGUUCUCACCGGUGAUUUUCCCCGGGCUUGAUGAUCUGGUCGCAGAUAAGGAACAAGUUAAGAAGAAAAAUGGACUUAAACGAUCGUCGAAUUUUGUCGAAGAGUAUAUGGAUAGGAGAGCACGGGCGAAAUGGGCAGGGCAUCAUCCGCAGAGCAUGAUAGCCAAUGCGGGGCCUAAGGAGACGUUCAAGUCGAUUUACUCGGAUCCUAACCAUCCUGCGAGCAGUGGUGAUCCAUUGGCCUUGUUGACGGGAGGACGUGUGCAACUUCCGUCGCUGCCUGUACCUGGUCGUCUUGGAGGUCGAAAUAACAAGCAGACGUCCGGUGGUGAAGGUAGAAGCUCGUCUACAGAUGGCGUCAUUCGCAAGGCUAAGACUGGGGCCUUACCUACGUUACUAUCAGGGGGAUUGACACUUCUCAAGAAGGACAUACUAUACCUUUUGAUUGUCAACCGUCCAACACAGCAGCAGCUCGCGGAGGCAUCGGCUCUCUUACGCUCAUCACAGUAG